AAAAAGCUGUCAAGCAUCUUUCAAAAUUAUCAGAUCUAAUUCUUUCGUCAUUUUAAUAUCAAUAUGCUGAUUUGAAAGGCAAAUAGCUCGAGAAUAUUAGAAAAUUGAAAAUAAUGAAGGGCAGCAGAAAAAGGAGUAUCAAGUAUUAGCAAAUAGCCAUAUUAUGAGGAACCGGAACCAGUCCACGAGAAGCUUGACUCUGAUCAUUGAACCACGUCAUAACAGACGUAGAUUUGGACAAAGUACUGUUAAUCAGGUACUUUCAUUCGACACAGUGUGCAAGUUACAAGUGAUAGCAUUUUUCGAUUCUAUGUCGUAUGGCCUGAUGUACGCCUUCAUGUCCCCACAUAUCGUCAGGCUUGGAGGAAAUCAUCUAACUGUUGGUAUUUUGACGUCAGUCUGUUCGGCUUGUCAACUGCUAUCUGGCAGUGUUGUGGUGAGCUCUUUUCUGCGACAGAACUUAACAAUACGGCAUAAAAUUGAUAAAGGAUGAAUAUAGGCCCAGAGAAUCAAUGUUAAUUCUUUUUACAAUAGCGAUUCUCUCCAAUUUGCUGAUUGUGGUUGCCAAAAAUUAUUGGAUUGUUAUUUUGGCCAGGAGCAUUUACAGUCUAACGAAUCAGGUGCCGAAAUUCACUAAAGCCAUAUUGACUCAGCUGUGUAUUGCUCAUGAUGCAAAAAUCCAUCUGCAGAUAACUGAUAUUCUAACAAAAUUGGGCCUUUUGAUUGGGCCAGUAAUAGCAGGAUAUCUUUUCGAGACUGGAUUUGUAUUCAGUUGUCUACUAGCUACAACUUUGGCUGUAUCCAAAAUUGCACUAUAGAUGCAAUAUAUGAAAAACAUUCUUAGUGAAAAAAACGGCACAAAGUUCCAUCUAUUGCCAGAAUGAGUUGACCACUGCGAAACUGAAAACAGCAGACUGUCUGUUGGAACUGUAUCCCAGUUCGCUUUGUCAGCUGCCUCGCCACUGUGGUCGCUAGAUUCUGGUGCUAUAAUAGGGAUCAUUAUGACGGUACCAGAGGUAAUACUAGAAGACCUUUCCGAUCCAGAAGUAAGCAAAUCGUUCGUACAGCUAGCUCACGUCCCCGAUACAAAUUCCAUCCUAGGCACCGUUCUGCUAGGAAUCAAGACCAUGAUCAAAAACUUGGCAAAAUGCAACAUCAGCCAAAACUGGGACCUUUUGUUGGUCAAAUUCCUCUACACUGCCAGCACCAUAGUAUUCUUCUCUAAAUUCACCCAGCUUCUGAAGAACAAUAUGGGAUGUAACUCCAAGAUUAUCGGAGCGACAGUAUCUUAUAUGAACGCUGUCACUUUUACUGCACCGCAUAUUACGCGAUUUUUGAAAGAGAACCUUCACUAUGACUCCUUACAGAACUUGUUCUUCUUCUCGUUCACGGUAUUGGCAGCUUCUACACUGCUAGCUUGUGUCACCACAUCAUAUUAUCUGUAUCUGUUGGCUUGUAUUCCUAUAAUAAUCUGCAGAAGGUACAUUCAGUCAAUGUGGACAGAGAUGUUUGCUUGUCGAGGUAACAGAUACCUCAAACCUAUAAUACGUGAAGUCGGUAUAGUCGCUGGCUUGGUGAUACCAAUUGCGUUUGGAAUUCUUUGUAAUUAUAUCCAUGUACAAGCCGUGAUGGCGUUUUCGUCGAUACCACCUUUGAUUUGUCUUUUUAUCAUCAAAACGUAUAGUAUCUACCAGCCUUGUGUUUGGGAAAGACCGAAACGUACCGAAAGGAGGCGUUCAACAUAAGGGCCAGUCAUAUGCCAUGGAAGCUCCAAAACACACUUUAUGUUUAUUGUAUAGUCAAAAAUCAUGUUUAUUAUGUGAAGCGAAAAUAAACAAUUUUUUACAGUAAGA